CCCCCCACGGACCCCGUGCCGCCGCCGCCGCCCGCAAGCCGGAUCUGCGGGGAGGGCCUCGGCCAGGGUGCCGGGGAGGUGCGGAGGACAAAAGGAAAAGUAGCGGGGCCGGCCAACUUUGGAGCGCCGGCCGAGGCGAGGCUGUCCCUCCUCUCGGAGCUCUUCCUUCGCUUCGUUGACCUUUCACUUUGUUCUGAGUAGGAUGGCACCAUCUUUAACGAAAAGUUGGCCAGUCCCGGCGUGUUUCUCCCCAGACAAUGCUGCUCCAGCCCUGCUGGCUGUCAGAAGCAGGAAAGCACGCUCGGUGGGAAGCUUGCGGACUCAAGUUUAUUUCCAAACCAGCAGCUUUAAAGGGCUCUCGACGUAAAAAGUUCACAUUCUUUUGUUAAUGGUCUCGGCCUUCCCCGUGCUCAUUCUCAAGGAUAGUUUGUUUCCUUGCUUAGGAAAGGAAGCAGCGUGGAGAUUAAAGUCUUGCGAGUGGACCACUGGCGUCCCUCUGAAGGAAAAGCAAGCAGGAGGUGGUGUGUCCGUGGAGAUGCAGAAAUAGUGUGGUCCUAGGGCUGAAAUAAGGGACCGGUUUGGAGAAAACUGGCAGCGUAGAAGUAUUUCUUUGAAAUUAACUGUCUAGUAACAGUUGAGACUUCUAAAGCUUAGAAAGUUAAGGUGUAGUAAGAAGCCGUACAGUAUCCUGGUGCAUAAACACUGUAUUUUAACUCAGGCAGUUCCGGCGAGGGGGGAGCCUCAGCAGGAUUGCUGUGUGAAAACCGAGCUGCUGGGAGAAGAGACACCUAUGGCUGCCGAUGAAGGCUCAGCAGAGAAACAGGCAGGAGAGGCCCACAUGGCUGCGGACGGUGAGACCAAUGGGUCUUGUGAAAACAGCGACGCCAGCAGUCAUGCAAAUGCUGCAAAGCACACUCAGGACAGCGCAAGGGUCCACCCCCAGGAUGGCACCAACACACUAACCCGGAUAGCGGAAAACGGGGUUUCAGAAAGAGACUCAGAAGCGGGGAAGCAAAACCACGUCACUGCCGACGACUUUGUGCAGACUUCUGUCAUCGGCAGCAACGGAUACAUCUUAAAUAAGCCGGCCCUACAGGCACAGCCCUUGAGGACUACCAGCACUCUGGCCUCUUCGCUGCCUGGCCAUGCUGCAAAAACCCUUCCUGGAGGGGCUGGCAAAGGCAGGACUCCAAGCGCUUUUCCCCAGACGCCAGCCGCCCCACCAGCCACCCUUGGGGAGGGGAGUGCUGACACAGAGGACAGGAAGCUCCCGGCCCCUGGCGCCGACGUCAAGGUCCACAGGGCACGCAAGACCAUGCCGAAGUCCGUCGUGGGCCUGCAUGCAGCCAGUAAAGAUCCCAGAGAAGUUCGAGAAGCUAGAGAUCAUAAGGAACCAAAAGAGGAGAUCAACAAAAACAUUUCUGACUUUGGACGACAGCAGCUUUUACCCCCCUUCCCAUCCCUUCAUCAGUCGCUACCUCAGAACCAGUGCUACAUGGCCACCACAAAAUCACAGACAGCUUGCUUGCCUUUUGUUUUAGCAGCUGCAGUAUCUCGGAAGAAAAAACGAAGAAUGGGAACCUAUAGCCUGGUUCCUAAGAAAAAGACCAAAGUAUUAAAACAGAGGACGGUGAUUGAGAUGUUUAAGAGCAUAACUCAUUCCACUGUGGGUUCCAAGGGGGAGAAGGACCUGGGCGCCAGCAGCCUGCACGUGAAUGGGGAGAGCCUGGAGAUGGACUCGGAUGAGGACGACUCAGAGGAGCUCGAGGAGGACGACGGCCAUGGCGCAGAGCAGGCGGCCGCGUUCCCCACAGAGGACAGCAGGACUUCCAAGGAGAGCAUGUCGGAGGCUGAUCGCGCCCAGAAGAUGGACGGGGAGUCCGAGGAGGAGCAGGAGUCCGUGGACACCGGGGAGGAGGAGGAAGGCGGUGACGAGUCCGACCUGAGUUCGGAAUCCAGCAUCAAGAAGAAAUUUCUCAAGAGGAAAGGAAAGACCGACAGUCCCUGGAUCAAGCCAGCCAGGAAAAGGAGGCGGAGAAGUAGAAAGAAGCCCAGCGGUGCCCUCGGUUCUGAGUCGUAUAAGUCAUCUGCAGGAAGCGCUGAGCAGACGGCACCAGGAGACAGCACAGGGUACAUGGAAGUUUCUCUGGACUCCCUGGAUCUCCGAGUCAAAGGAAUUCUGUCUUCACAAGCAGAAGGGUUGGCCAACGGUCCAGAUGUGCUGGAGACAGACGGCCUCCAGGAAGUGCCUCUCUGCAGCUGCCGGAUGGAAACACCGAAGAGUCGAGAGAUCACCACGCUGGCCAACAACCAGUGCAUGGCUACAGAGAGCGUGGACCAUGAAUUGGGCCGGUGCACAAACAGCGUGGUCAAGUAUGAGCUGAUGCGCCCCUCCAACAAGGCCCCGCUCCUCGUGCUGUGUGAAGACCACCGGGGCCGCAUGGUGAAGCACCAGUGCUGUCCUGGCUGUGGCUACUUCUGCACAGCGGGUAAUUUUAUGGAGUGUCAGCCCGAGAGCAGCAUCUCUCACCGUUUCCACAAAGACUGUGCCUCUCGAGUCAAUAACGCCAGCUAUUGUCCCCACUGUGGGGAGGAGAGCUCCAAGGCCAAAGAGGUGACGAUAGCUAAAGCAGACACCACCUCGACCGUGACACCAGUCCCCGGGCAGGAGAAGGGCUCGGCCCUGGAGGGCAGGGCCGACACCACAACGGGCAGUGCUGCAGGGCCACCACUCUCGGAGGAUGACAAGCUGCAGGGUACAGCCUCCCACGUGCCCGAGGGCUUUGAUCCAACGGGACCUGCUGGGCUUGGGAGGCCAACUCCCGGCCUUUCCCAGGGACCAGGGAAGGAAACCUUGGAGAGCGCUCUCAUCGCCCUUGACUCGGAAAAACCCAAGAAGCUUCGCUUCCACCCAAAGCAGCUGUACUUCUCCGCCAGGCAAGGGGAGCUUCAGAAGGUGCUCCUCAUGCUGGUGGACGGAAUUGACCCCAACUUCAAAAUGGAGCACCAGAAUAAGCGCUCUCCACUGCACGCCGCGGCAGAGGCUGGACACGUGGACAUCUGCCACAUGCUGGUUCAGGCGGGCGCUAAUAUUGACACCUGCUCAGAAGACCAGAGGACCCCGUUGAUGGAAGCAGCCGAAAACAACCAUCUGGAAGCAGUGAAGUACCUCAUCAAGGCCGGGGCCCUGGUGGAUCCCAAGGACGCAGAGGGCUCUACGUGUUUGCACCUGGCUGCCAAGAAAGGCCACUACGAAGUGGUCCAGUACCUGCUUUCAAAUGGACAGAUGGACGUCAACUGUCAGGAUGACGGAGGCUGGACACCCAUGAUCUGGGCCACGGAGUACAAGCACGUGGACCUCGUGAAGCUGCUGCUGUCCAAGGGCUCUGACAUCAACAUCCGGGACAACGAGGAGAACAUUUGCCUGCACUGGGCGGCGUUCUCCGGUUGCGUGGACAUAGCCGAGAUCCUGCUGGCUGCCAAGUGCGACCUCCACGCCGUGAACAUCCACGGAGACUCGCCACUGCACAUUGCCGCCCGGGAGAACCGCUACGACUGUGUCGUCCUCUUUCUUUCUCGGGAUUCAGAUGUCACCUUAAAGAACAAGGAAGGAGAGACGCCCCUGCAGUGUGCGAGCCUCAACUCUCAGGUGUGGAGCGCUCUGCAGAUGAGCAAGGCUCUGCAGGACUCGGCCCCCGACAGGCCCAGCCCCGUGGAGAGGAUAGUGAGCAGGGACAUCGCUCGAGGCUACGAGCGCAUCCCCAUCCCCUGUGUCAACGCCGUGGACAGCGAGCCUUGCCCCAGCAACUACAAGUACGUCUCUCAGAACUGCGUGACGUCCCCCAUGAACAUCGACAGAAAUAUCACUCAUCUGCAGUACUGCGUGUGCAUCGACGACUGCUCCUCCAGCAACUGCAUGUGCGGCCAGCUCAGCAUGCGCUGCUGGUACGACAAGGACGGCCGGCUCCUGCCAGAGUUCAACAUGGCGGAGCCUCCCUUGAUCUUCGAAUGCAACCACGCGUGCUCCUGCUGGAGGAACUGCCGAAAUCGCGUCGUACAGAAUGGUCUCAGGGCAAGGCUGCAGCUCUACCGGACGCGAGACAUGGGCUGGGGCGUGCGGUCCCUGCAGGACAUCCCACUAGGCACCUUUGUCUGCGAGUAUGUUGGGGAGCUGAUUUCAGACUCAGAAGCCGAUGUUCGAGAGGAAGAUUCUUACCUCUUUGAUCUCGACAAUAAGGACGGGGAGGUUUACUGCAUCGACGCGCGGUUCUACGGGAACGUCAGCCGGUUCAUCAACCACCACUGCGAGCCCAACCUGGUGCCCGUGCGCGUGUUCAUGGCCCACCAGGACCUGCGGUUCCCCCGGAUCGCCUUCUUCAGCACCCGCCUGAUCGAGGCCGGCGAGCAGCUCGGGUUUGACUAUGGAGAGCGCUUCUGGGACAUCAAAGGCAAGCUCUUCAGCUGCCGCUGCGGCUCCCCCAAGUGCCGGCACUCGAGCGCGGCCCUGGCCCAGCGUCAGGCCAGCGCGGCCCAGGAGGCCCAGGAGGACGGCUUGCCCGACACCAGCUCCGCGGCUGCCGCCGACCCGCUAUGAGACGCCGCCGGCCAGCGGGGCGCUCGGGAGCCAGGGACCGCCGCGUCGCCGUUUAGAGGACGAGGAGGAGAGAUUCCGCACGUAUCCGAAAGGUCCUUCGGGGCUGCGCCGCCGGCUUCCUGGAGGGGUCGGAGGUGAGGCUGCAGCCCCUGCGGGCGGGUGUGGAUGCCUCCCAGCCGCCUUCCCAGACCUGCGGCCUCACCGCGGGCCCAGUGCCCAGGCUGGAGCGCACACUUUGGUCCGCGCCCCAAAGACGCUGGGAGUCCGCACUGGCAUCACCUUCUGAGUUUCUGAUGCUGAUUUGUCGUUGCGAAGUUUCUCGUUUCUUCCUCUGACCUCCGAGGUCCCCGCUGCACCACGGGGUUGCUCUGUUCUCCUGUCCGGCCCAGACUCUUCUGUGUGGCGCCGCCGAAGCCACCGUUAGCGCGAGCUGCUCCGUUCGCCCUGCCCGCGGCCUGCGUGGCUGGCGCCGAGUCCCAGGGACCGCACGGAGGGCACGGUCUCCUGUCAGGCUCGGAGAGGUCAGGAGACCGACCCCACCACUAACUUUGGAGAAAAUGUGGGUUUGCUUUUUAAAGGAAUCCUAUAUCUAGUCCUAUAUAUCAAACCUCUAACUGACGUUUCUUUUCGAGGAAGUGGCUUGGUGGGUGCAGCCCCCGCCGGUUCCGUUGACGCUGGCACCUUCUGUUGAUUUUUUAAGCCACAUGCUAUGAUGAAUAAACUGAUUUAUUUUCUACCAUUACUGAACAUUAGGACAAACAAAAAAUAAAAAACAAAACACAGACAACGGUGCUGAUUCUGGUGUGGUUUCUACUCACCACGUGAAAUAAACUAUCAACUGUAUAAAGAGAACAAAGUGAUUUUAGAAUAAAAUGCAGGAAAAACUUUUUUAAAAAUGUUAGUCUUGUAGUGUGAAUAAAUUUGCCAUCACCUUUUGUGUGGUGGCCUGGCAGGUCAUAUACUUUUUUUUUGGCAUAUACCUUUUUAAAGACUGUAAUUAGUGCAGUAACAGUGGGGUUUUUUUUGUGCAACUCUUCUAAAACAUUCAUAAUGCAGUCAUGUUUAUUUUUUUCUGUUAAAAUGUUUUUGACAGUUUUAAGAGCAGUCUUUUGGCUCUGACCAUUUCUUGUUCUGUUUCCAAUGAAAUCAAUAAAAAAAAGAGAAGUACUUUAAA